AUGGCAGCUUUUGGCAUUAAGAAGUGUGAAAAUGUCCUGGUAGCUGCAAUCUCUCCAAUCCUGUUCCCUCUUCCUGAAACACUCACCCCUCCUCUUUCCAGACCUAACUCAGGCUCCUUCUUUGGGUUCAGCAUAGUCGUAGCUUCCUCUGGAAGGAUCCCUCGGCCACAAGCUGGGUCGGGCACCUGCUCUGGCGCACAGUGCUGGGUCUGCCCCUCUGCGUUGAGACUGUUUCUCCCUCUCCUCCACCAGGGGGAAUCCCAUGAUGCAGGGACCUUAUCACGCUCAUGACUGUAUCCCCAGAGCCUAGAACUGUGCUUGGCAUACAGCAGGUGCUCAAUAAAUAUUUGCCGAAUGACUAAAGGCAUCGUGCCAGCAUCGGGAUGCCAGCAGGCCCCGAGGGAGCAGGGAAGAUGGAAGGAAAACUCCUGGACUCCUGCCACGCCUUACAUUAGCCGCAUCUUCUCUGAGUCCGACAGCCAGCCCCCUGGGACGCCAUUUGAGCCAGCUGAAUUCCAGGCACUGCUUCACUUUGGAAAGGCAGCCACAGCCCUCAUCAAGCAGGCCGGUAAUUGACGUCACAGCGGUGCCAGGAGCUGCCCUGUUAAUAUUUAAUGCAGACUCCACUGCGGCAGAGCGGCAGGCUAGAAGGGCUGAGGGGCCUGCAGAGUCCCCAAAGGGUCGUGAGGAGGGCACAGAGGGGAAAGGGCUUCCUAAACCGGAAAGCCCCCAGCAGAUGAGCAUUACGCCAAUGCGUUUCAGCCCCUGGCUUAACUCAGAAAGAGCCAGGGCAGCACGUGCCUGCCAUGGAACAAGGAGACUGCUGACUGAGCCCUGGUGAUAACUAUGUGGGGGAUUAGGGACUCCCGGGGACGUUUCCUGGAGACAGUGGAGGACAGAGCCCUGGCGCCAGCCAGACCUGGACUCCACCCCAGGUUUGCACUACGCAGCUCUGUGACCUGGGCAGCAGCUGCACCACUGAGCUCUCAGUUCUCUGAUCUGUACAAUGGGCAUAAUGAUACCCUCCCUGAGACGCUUUUGUGAGAAUUAACAUGAAUGAAUGAUGUAAAGGACCCAGCUCAUCACACAGUGGGACCUCAGCAGAUUCUGGAGUGCCUUCUCCCAAACCAGGUGUGUGGGUGUUUCUUGCAUUCAUCGGCUGAAGUGAUGUUGGAAGGGAAGAAGGAGCAAGGUUUGGACUUGUCACCAUGGUGGGGCACCACCCCAGAGAGGCAUCAGACAGAGGAUGGACAGAGAGCCCAAGAUGGCAGGAACAGAAGGGCCCUUUUGGACCAUCUCUUCUGAUUGAACCCCUCAUUUGACAGAGGAGGAUGCUGAGGGCCCCAGAGGGAGCAGACCAGCCCAGAGGCUCAUGCUGCAGAGCCGGGAUCUGACCUGGUCUGCAGUCACCGGCCUGAGACUGCAUCCACUGAGGGAUUUACCCAAGGCCACCCUCUCAGUGGAGGAGGCAGGUGACAUGAUGAGAUGCUCUGUUCCCUGGCCUCUGCUUCUUUGGCCUGGACAAGGCAGGAGCCUCAUCCUCCCCACCUGCGUCCUGGUCUCCCUCCAGCGUGUUUCCCCACAAAUCCCGGGAGCUUCACAAAAUGUAAAUCCGACCACGUCAUUCCCUGCUUAAAACGCUUCUGUGGGCCCAAACUCAGGGUUGCCAGGGAAAAUACAGGAGGCCCCAUUAAAACUGAAUUUCAGAUAAACAAUGGUUUUUUAGUAUAAGAAUGUUCCAAAUACUGCAUGCACAUAAUUAUACUUAAAAAUUAUUUGU